CUCUUUCUGUUAAAAACAUCCGCGUGUUCUUCCUCAUUCGGUUUUGGGGUCGCGAUGAGUUUCCCCGCUGAACAGAAGACCACAGCGCGCGAUAAGGAUUACCGAGAGAACCCAGUCCUUACUCGAGCUUGUUUCAGCAUUCAUCCUUCGGCUAAGAAGAUAACAUCUACCAAACGAAAAUUCUGUUCGUGGUCACACAAACAAUGGCAAGGUCUGAAUCUGAAGACUGCACUUCUGAUCAUCUAAACUGUACCACUGACCACAUGAGAGAAAUACUUGAAACCAUGCUGAAGGACAAACAAAGCAGUUCAUAUGAAGAACAUACAAUGCCUGGAAGUUAUGAGACAAGACCAUCACCAAGCCUGAAAGCCAUGAGUGACCAGAUGUUGACACAGGCACAACCCCAACACCUUUCCAGGCCUACUUUAAUGAAAGCAGGGGAAUAUUAUAAUAAUUCAGAAUGGGUGUCCCCUUUAGGAAAAAGGCACUCUAGUACUUUUCACUGGGACCACUUAAUUCAGAGACCUCUAAACCAUGGUGGUUAUCCAGCACCAUCCUCUGGAAAUAAAGCACAUGUGAAUGUUAUGAACAGUGAGAGCCUCAACAAUAUGCACAGCUGGCCUCAUCAAGAAAAUACUAGUAGAACCUUGCCUAAGGACUGUAUCCAACAGAGAAAGGCCACAGAUCAUCCUGACUUUGGACUCAGUGUUUCAUAUCAAGCUGAACUUGGUUCUGAAUGUAGCAAAAACCACCCUGAAGUCUUUAAAUUGCCUUUCCAGCCAGCCCUGACCAUUCAGUCAAAGUUUGAGAAUGUCAGCAGGAUACAUAAAUCAGUUUCUCACAAAAAAACUAAGCAGUUUCUUGUUACGGUGAGUGAGGGUAAUACUGGAUUUGGAUUUGUUGCUGAAAAUGUUGUUUCAGCAGAUGAUCUGGUCAAACCAGAUAACUCAUACACAAGGACAUUGGAUAAUAGCAUAAGACACUUUAAUGGACAGUCUGGCAAGAGCAGUUUUUAUGCUCGUUCCAUAUCUGCGCAGGCUCAUCAACGGAGUGCUGUAUUGCCUAAUCAUCAUCAUCAUCAUCAUCAUCACAAGCAUGUUCCUCAGAAAGCUGUUGCUGUUGUUGCACCUCUAGCUCAGCAUGUAAUAGCAGGUGCUGAAUUUUCACAAGACUCAACCAAAGGAAAUGAAGGAGGCCAUGGAACAAGAACUGUACCAGAUGAGCAGUCACAUCAUAGUUGUCUUUCAUCUCCGUUACAAUCAAAGGUAAAUGAAAAUUGUUCAGAGUCUUUGUGUAAUAAUGAGGCACAAAUGCAUACAUCUCAGGAAAUGCCAUCAGAAUCAGUAAUGACUGAGGUUUCUCAAUGUUCAGAACGAGAAGUUCCUGAGGAACUUUCUAACCAAAGUGGAAGUUUGAACUCCAUGCCUCUUGGUAGCAUUCGUGCAGAGAGAAAGGAGUCAGUGCACUCAUCCCACGUAAAGGACCAAAGCAUUGCUGUUGAUACAGCAAUAAACAAAAGUUAUGAUGGCACAGAAACAAGAAUGAACCCAGAGUCAACUAAUAGGUGGUCUUCUGUACCUGUAACCAAGUGGUCUCUUCAGAAAUUACAGGCAUUGGUCAUUAAUUCAGAACAGAGGCAGAAAAAGUCUCAGAAAGAGAUUCCUCUCAAAGAAUGUUUAACUACUAUUAUAAACUUGUAUUGGGGUGGAGAUUAUCGAAAUCUCUGUGAGGCUGUAAGAUCAGACAUUUAUACCAUCAUGAAAGAAGUCAAACUUCAUUGUGGAACCAAAGAUGCUGUAAUACUACAGGAAAUUCCAAAAGAGAAAUUUGACCAACUUACAGAGCACUUUCACAUCUUAAAACAUGACUCUGCACCACCUGAGGAGAUCCAGUCAUCCUUUUCGAAUCUUAAUGAGAAAGUUGAUGACGAGGAAUAUGGUUAUUCGUCAUCCUUAAUGACUUUUCAUAGUGCACCAGAAGUAGGUGUUGAAGUAGUGGAGCAGCAGAAAAACAUGCAAGUAGAUGAAAAUGGAAAGGCAUUACUAACUGUGCAUGAAAAAAACAGCAAAAAUGUUGGACAUGGUACCUUAAUAGAUAAUAACAAUCCAGUGAGGACAGAUCUUAAAACUAAAUGGACUGGUUCGCUCAGAGAGACAGUAGGACGAAAAGAGCCUUUUCUAAGUAAGUCAUCAGUAGAGACUGCUGAUUACUGUGAAAUGGUAACAGUGAGCUAUGAUGCAAUAGGGGAACCAUCCAAACUAGAAGAAGAAAAUCAUAGUCCAAGAAACGAGGUACCUUUGCUAGAGUCCUUGAAUAAGCAAUCACCAGCUGUGAGUGAUGAGUCUGUACAUGUGAAGCCAGAAGAUCGGCUCCAGCACCCUGCAGCAGACAAGACUCCUCAAUUAGAUGACUGUGGUAACUCCUCAGACUCUUCAGAUCCUUUUGCUUUUAUUAAAAUAAAGGUUCUCUCCUCUGAAAUGGCUAAAAGAAUUGCUGCUUGUGAGUCAUAUGAGGAAGCAGAGAGUGUACAAAAAGAUGAUUCUGUACAAACCACAACUGAAAACAAUGAUCAAGUCAUUGUAAAGUUAUGUGACCAGAUGUCUGAGGAUGAAGAGCACAUGGAUGCUAAAAUAAGUCCAGCUGAGAACAACGCCACAGGGGAAUUGCAGAAGUACUGUUGUUUUCCUAAAUGGUUCCAGGUUUUAGGAUAUACAACUGACUUAGUUUGCAUGUGUGAGAAAAAAGAGUUGAGUUUUGGAAAUGUGAUAAAGGAGACAAGCCUGACUGGAAAAAAUGUGCCAAUGUCACCCAUUCUAGGUGAUGCCAGUAUGGAUGAGAUUGUGGAUGUCAUCACUGAUUAUGAGGAUGUCCUUAAAAUUGCAAAGCAAAUAUCGGAGCAGUUGACAGAUAAGCCACUUAAAGAAUCUGGGCCAGAUGCUUUUAAGAAGAAGGAAAAACAUUGCAGAUAUAAUGCUUAUCAGAAGAAAAGGACCUGCCACUCACCUCGUGGUCAGAUUUCAUCCAAGGCUAGUUUGAUUUCUGAUCUUGGCAGUGAUGCAUUGCAGAAGGGCUUGGCCUUACCUUUAACAUUUACAGACAAUGCUAAUCUUCAGAGUGAUGAAAAUGGUAAAGAGACCACAACUACUGAAUUUCAGAAGGAGACUAAGAUAGUAAAUCUGGCAUUAUAUGGAUCAUCUGAGUUGAGACACGACAGGUCUCCAAUGACAAACAGUUGUGUAAAAAGAUUUUCUGAUGAACAUUUCCCUCCAGCCACUAUUAACGUAAGAGUGAGCCCGUGUUUGAACAAUUAUGCAAAUAGCAAUAAGAGCCAGACUGUUAAACAACGCAUUUUGAAAUCUUGGAGGAGCAGCCAUGUCCCCAUGAAGAUGUUUAUCGACAACAGAUUAAAGAAGCUGAAUAGUGCAAGAAGAACUGAAUCAAAAAGUGAUGCUGAAAGUACCUCAAGGAUUAAAACGGGUGCAUAUUCAAGAGCAUCUGAUGCAAUGAGGACCUUACUGUCACAUCAAGGUGACAAGCAAACGCAUGAUUUGAAAUCAGUGAGAGAGAAAACUGUACACAAAGCUAACCGACACAAAAAUGCAGGUAGUCAAUCAAAGGAUAAAAGCCGCUCAACUAAAAAGGAUAAAACAAAGAAGCAAAAACGCAAGCUGACCUUGGCAUCAAUUAAUCCUAACACCAGACAGAAAGCAAAUGGAAAAUCAAUUCAGUCAUCACAUGAGUUGCCCCACGCUUCUAGCAAAAGCGAACAGGAGUCACACAGGGAUUUAAAACUGGAUUUUAAAGUUCUCCCAGAAUCUUUCAACUUUACAAAUGGGAACACCAGGAUGGAAGCUGAUCAGUCUGCAAGCACAAAGUGUGGCCUGAAUGUUAAGCCUCGAAAUCUGAAGAAGACAUUGGGUAAUCCAGGGGCUUGGUGUGUCAGCCCCAGGAGGAAAGGACAUCUCAAGUCUACACUUGCCUCAGAUGUCUCCGUGUCACUCUGCACAUUUCAAGAAUUUAAGAGAAGAUAUGACGAAAAGAAGCAGAGAUUGCUUCCAAACACUACUUCAAGGAAACAUAAUGGGCUAGACAUUAGUUGAGACAUCAAUAAAAAUAUUUUGUAAUAAUUCUGGAUGCAGUAUGUAUAUUUGAUUCCCUCUACAGUCUAAAUUAAUUAAUUUAUACAAGAGUUGUAAAACUGCAUUGCAGGACUGUUCUCUAAAGGAGUGGGUGAAGCAGGCUCCUCCAAACAGAAGAAUGGAGGGUUCAUGAAAGGUUGCUAGAUCAGACAGCAACACAAACAUCUGGGUGACCCAGAAUCACGUCUGUUUAGGAGGACUCCCCCACAUUCCUGAACUUUGAAUCUCAGGAUUUUUCAAAGUUCAGACCUUUGCUCAAUAUAUUCUGGCCUGGAAUCCAGAGGCAGAUUUCACCAAGCUUUUAACUAAACUUGUGAAAGUUUUAUAGACUGCACCAAUACAGAAUUGCCACCAUUCAGUGGGGUUCAUUUCAAGAAGUCUGGAGAUAUCAAGAACGAGGUUGUUAUGAGAAUCUAUAACAAAAUUAACCUUUUUAGAUUUUACUGACAGUUCAGAUAUGGAGCCACAACACCCCCCAAGUGGUGAGAAUGAGGCAUACCACACCACCACCAUGUGCUUAUAAAAGAAUCCAAGGAACUUGGGAGUGUCUGCUUGAGUAUCAACAUUUAUAUAAUCUGUAAGCGAUACUACUUGUUUAUUAAUAUUGUUGUAUGUAUUACCUAAAUAGUGCCUGUAUCUCUUUUUACUGUUAAGUGCUAGAAAUACAUGGCGUCUGACUUAAAUAACCGACAGAGACAACCACUUAAUUGCAAUGAGCUGGACCAAUGAUCAAUAUCCUGAAUAUGGUUCUCUUUUCUUUAUUUCCUUUGUUCCUUUCCUUUCAUUGUCAUUAUUAUUUUUUCAUACAUUGGAUAAUAUUCAGAUAUUAUAGAAAAAGCAUUACCUGUGUUCUUUAACAUGAGUUGUGUAUCAGGUACUGAAAGGGUUAACUCUGCUCUAAGCUGAUUUUGCAGCAAGCAUAACUUCUGUCCUUGGCAGUUUGCACAAACAACUUGUCCCUCUUAUCAUGAAAACAUUCUGUCCAAAACCACUUGUUCCCUUUUGUGGGUAAGAUUAUCGUACACAGAGCAGAAGCACCCCUCCCUUGGGCAGUUCCUGUGGUCCGGGAGUCAGCAGGUGUUUCUGUCAGCUUAGCACUAUGACUGUUAGACAAGUUAUUGGGUCCACCCUGUUUGUUUGUACGCAACAGGGCAGGGCGUGUUUGUAUAAAAGAAGGAGUGCCCUUCUUUCUGUGUGCAGAAGCCUGAAUAAACUCUUUGAUUGCCUAUGACAGUGGUUCUGUCUUCCUGCACCGAGCGCGCUCGCUGAGACUGAGAGAUUUUACUGGACAGGUGGUAGCAGCUCUCUGGUUCCUCUUCAACGAUCGGACACGAAUCUGUUGGUCCGUUCAGGUACAGAGGGUUAAAAUGAUGUUCAUUUCUUGAUUUUGAAAGUUAAAUCAAUUUGAUGAUAUAAGAAUGUUCCUUUUUCUUUGUUUAAAACUAACUGAAAGAAGGCAGUGAUUCUGGGGAAGGCAUUCCUAAAAUUAUGCACAACCAAUCAAAGUUGGAAACAAUGACUAGCUAAUUAAGUGUUGGGUUAGGAAAACCUAUCAGCACUCUGACUCCACCCCAAUGGGAAUGGCAUGGAACUUUUAGAGUGUUUUAGAGUGUUGGAGUUAGCAUUCUCAACCAGAAAAUAGCUCAACUUCUAAGUUUGGGCCGGCCUUGGUCAGAGAGGCAGGUCAGAAUUAGCUAGAAUGCUCCAAGAUCAGAUCUGAAACCUUUGUUGUUUUUGUAAUUGUCUGUUUGUCUACAGACCUUAAGUUUAAACCACCCUCAGAGGAUGAAGGUAGAUGUUUCUCGUCUGGUAAAGAGAGGUAGUUAGUUAAAUUAGUGUCAUCAGUGUCAUCAGCCUCAGAACUCUGAUUGCAGUCGGAACCUGGCCAAUGAAGUAGAAGUCUCAGCACACGCGACGAGCCAGGCACUAAUCUGUGAGCAGAUUAACCAGCGAAAGGCUUCACCAUUCACUGACGGAAAGGCGUGUGCCCGCACGCUGAUGCAGCAUCUGCGACCAGCGAGGACACAAACCAAUGUGUGAGCUUCAGGCUUUGAUCAAGCCGACCUUAAAGAUGGCCCUCUGGAAGGCAGCCCGAUUCCCACAUAAACUGGUUCUAUCAAUCUGCAGUCAGGGCCCUGAUGCCAAUUUAUUUAAUAAGAAAACUUUUAAUAGGUACUUCUAACUCAGCCCUAUGUAGUUACUCCUGUCCAGACUAAUUCUCUUUAGAGACUCUUUCAAGUUUGUUUCCCACGUCUCCCCAAGAACCACACUGCCCCAUAUCAGUUAACUGUGAAGCACUUUACGUGAGCUCUGUUGUCCUUUUAACGUUUAUCCUUUUUGUAGUGUUUUUGUUUUAUUUUCUUGUGUCUAUCAUUGAAUGUAUCAAGGGUAGUUUGAUAUUUAGCCAAUAAACUCCAUUUUUUAAAGCA